AAGUUCAAGACAAUAUCUGAAAUGCCAUGUGAUCUUAUAAAAAUUAUGCGUUGGGGUUUGUACUCUCAUACUGGCGCCAGACUCGGAGAUCUGGACAUUGUUUUUCUGUGCAAAGUAUUAUAUUUAACGCAAAGAGUUAAAAACACUAAACCUGAAUCGUCUAGUUUAUAGGACAACAAGAUGAGAUAGUUUUCUCUAUAUUAAAACAUCAAAACAGGUUACAAAUGGAUGUACUAUUACAUUCGCCAGGAGGAGGCAGAUUAAUAAACCUUUUAUGUGGGCAUGAAUCGGUUUGUCUUUUCUGAGAAUUCUUGGAGACAGAUUUUCGCAAGCAAACACUGAUCUGCAAUCUGCGCUGGGAACCAGAGUGGCAUGGGACAACAGCAGUCUUCCAGAAGUAGUAAAUAGAAAAGUCUAAAUAUGCCAAUCAGAAGCGACAGCGAAAGCGACUCGCGCUCCUCCGGCGAGCAGUUCAUCGAUAUUUAUGACGUGGACGACGAUGAAGACAUGGAUGAACACGAAGAUGACUACGACGAUGACAUCAUGUCGGAACCAAACGACCUCCCAGAUUCGACGACGGGAGGAGAAGAAGGUGAAUGCCCAUCUGACAGCGUGCUGUCAGUUGGCUGUAAGAAGACAAUCAACCAAUCAGACGACGCACAUUCUACUGGGGGAGGUCCAAGGAAAAGAGGGCCUAAAAAGAAAGCAAUGACCAAAACGAGGCAGGUCAAGCUUCGGGUACGAAGAGUUAAAGCGAACGCACGAGAAAGGAAUAGAAUGCACGGCCUCAACUCAGCAUUGGACGAACUACGUAAUCACGUGCCAUGCCAUUCCAAGACUCAAAAACUGUCCAAAAUCGAAACUCUGAGGUUGGCGAGGAACUAUAUACAUGUUCUGGCAGAGAUUCUUAAAUCUGGAGUCCGACCCGACAGCGUUACCUUUGCGAAAGCAUUAUCAAGAGGAUUGUCUCAGAAUACUAUGAACAUGGUUGCAGCCUGUUUACAGCUCAACCCACGAACUCUUCUUCCAGAAUCGACGUAUUCCAAACCGUAUCAAUUUAUGUAUGACAAUACUUUGGACUUCAACGGGCCAAUCCGAGCCCAUGACCCGUUCUCAUUGUUUCCGUUUCCUCCACAUGUUCCUCUCGGCUGCCCCAGUUCUGAUCUUUCACUGUGUGGGGCACAACAGAACUUCGGGCCUUGUCACUUUAUUCCUGGCUUCUCCGCCCUCCCCCACCCGUGCUCUCCGGACAACUGUCCUCCUUACCCUCAGAAUCAACCACAGAUUGACCAACAUCCUCCUCCUCAAUACAGAACCGAUUCUCGACUGUGUGACACCACAGUAAACGUCAUAAGUCACCCCUGCGCUUCUCCUAAUUUUCUUUACUGUGACUCGAGAAAUUGUGACCAAUUUAACAGCCCCAACCCUAGCUCGGACAGAAUCGAUCCGUCAAGCAUGCCUUCUCCUCCCUUGUCAAAGAAUAAAGGCAUUACCCCUCCCAGAGCUGACCAAAGACAAAAUGUGAAUCCCCCCUACCCACAACCUAACAGUACUCAGAGUGACUUAAGUAUGGCGUCACAGCCAUACUUUUCCAAUCAAGGGACGCAACCUAGCACAUGCAUGAUGGCCUCCCCUCCGUCAUCAAGACUGCAAGGUACAACAGGAAAACAACCAUCUCUACACUCGCAGUUCCCUUUGCAGAACGCACAAGAACUCAACAACGUCAGCAGUAGACAACAAAUGCAGAUAAAGAUGCAAGAUGGACCCCUCCAAGUUUGCAACACGUCUUCUUCAAUGUCACAGCACCGUGCAGUCAACGGGAGAGGCCCACCAUCUGUUAGACAAUAUCGAGAUCUACCCACAAUGAGCAACGCCCCUUCCUGUGUACGGCCCCAGUCCAAUUUUUCAUUACCAGAUGAUCUGGCUGACUUUGAGCCCGAGACAGCCAUAGAGCGACAGUUCGCCCUCAUCAACACGUCGGAAAAUAUUUUUGAUUUGAAUAUAGCAUAAUGAUUACAGCCUUAAGAUUAUGCAUCUUUAGAUCUGAUUGAUUUUACCAUCAGUUCUAGAUCAAAACUAGACGACAUAAACCUUUUCAAUUCUUCAAAAGAUAAUAGCCUAGCUGUAUAUUAAAACGCCCUUAUAGUACUUAUUUCAGGGCAGCGUAGUGAAGACCUGGUACAACAAGUUUUAUGCGUUUCCUUCACUUUUGCCCACAGAAUCUUGUUUGCCUUCGUCACAAUUUUAUGUACAGCAUCUUCCAAAUCAUGAAAAUAUUUUUUUAAAAUGUCGAUGCUAUGAUGAUGAUGAUUAUAACAACAAAAGUGAAA